CACACUUUGUUUUUUCCUUGUAAGAUGACAACAUGUUUUGACUGACUGUUGGACAAAAUGGCACAGAAUGAAGAUUUUCUAUAUUUCCACGUGUGGGCCCACCCGUCAUAUAUUUUGGGCGAGUCUGCCCUCCAUUCUUUUUUCCUCUGGUUCGAUCGACUCCUUCGGUACAGAAUUGCCCGAUCCAAAUCACAGGCACCCACUGAGAGUGCAGUAGAGAGAGAGAGGGAGCAGCGCAGCCGCAUGGCGACGCUGCCACAGCGGUUCAAGCUGCUGGCGACGCGGUGCGCGGCGGGGGCGCCCAGCCCAUCGCGCAGCCCCGCGCCGUCGUACGCCACCAGCCCCGGGUACCGCCUCCGGCGCCGCCGCGGGUCGCGCCUGCGCCGCUUCCUCUGCCGCCGCGUCGGCGGCGGGCUGCCGGAGCCCGCGGGGCGCCGGGAGGAGGACAAGAAGCCGCUGGUGGGCCGCGGGAGCCGCACGCUGAGGGAUCUGUUCGUCGCGUCGCCGGAGGCGGGGCGCACCCGCCGCGGAUGCAGCUGCGACGCCGACAGCGACGACGACGAGGAGGAGGCAGGGCCCGCCGGCUCCGGCGGCGCGUCGGGGGCGGCGAGCGGCGGGGGCGCGAGGAGGUUCCGGCCCGCCGGCGGGGGCCUGCGGAGCCUCCUGAUGCGGCGGAGCUGGCGGCCGGUGCUGGUGGCGAUCCCGGAGAGCGAGGGCAAGAUCGAGCUCGGCGCCAUCGAGGAGUAGAUCAGCGACGGACGGGACAAGAAUUGCAUUCCCCCCGGCCGGCCGGCACGGAUCGGAGCGGGAAUCUGGCGUCGCUUUCCGCCGUCCGUCCUCUUUUUCUUUCUUGAUGAUUGUUUGUCUCUUUUUUCCACCUUUCGUAGGCGUCCCUGUGAAUACGGAAAUAGUACCAGAUUACUGCCACACUGGUAUCCUAAACUGUGAGUGCACAAGAACAAAGGCAGUGUGUGUCCGGUGAUCUUGUCAGUAAUAGGAGCACUGCAGUUAGCUAGACAAA